AAUAUCCAGCUCAGAGAUGUUUAUAUGCUGUUAUGGAUCUCUGCGCUGAAACGAAUCCCGUACUGAAACCUAACCAGGAAUCGUGCCAGAAGUCUGUCAUGCUAUAAUUUCAUCAAAUGAAAUGCAAUGAACUCACCUUUUAUUUUAAAAUGUUUCUAAUUAUUUUUUCUUUUGAUCUGGUAUAAAAUAAUCCAUGCAACAUAAUUUGAACACAAGUUAUACACACAAGUUUCAAAUUGGUACCCCAGUCUGCAAUAUCGUGUCCGCCAUUGCAGUUGUCACCUGAUCAGGGUACUCUUCAUUUGAAAACCAAUAUUCGCUGCAUAAACGAUGUUUGUCUUGGUGGAGAUGAAGGAUACAGUCCGUAUACAACCUUGGUUGUUCAGCUUAGAUCCCAAUGAGGCAAUCAUCAAUGAACUCAACAAAAAAUUUGCAAAUAAGGUAGUACACAAUGUAGGACUGUGUAUUGCAUUAUGGGAUAUUCAGAAAAUGGAAGAAAGUUUCUUAUUUCCUGGAGAUGGUGCACAUCAUACCAUAGUACAUUUCAGAUACGUUGUGUUCCGUCCAUUUGUAGAUGAGAUCUUAUUGGGUAAAAUAAAGUCCUGCAGUAAGGAAGGAGUUUAUGUGUCAAUGGGAUUUUUUGAUGACAUAGUUAUUCCAGCAGACUCUAUGCAAGAUCCCACAAGAUUUGAUGAGAAUGAACAGUUGUGGGCCUGGGAGUAUCAAAUGGAGGAUGGUAAACAUGAUCUAUUUAUGGACAUUGGAGAAGAAAUCAGGUUUAGAGUUGUAGACAACACAUUUGUAGACACAACUCCUGUUGGUCCAGAGAAUGUUGGUAAAGAUUCUGAAGUUACAGAACCAGAGAUGAAAAAAUCUCCAUAUACCAUCACCGCAUCUACAAGUGAACCAGGCCUAGGUCUGUUGUCGUGGUGGAAUUCUUGACAUCACAAUUACAGCAAUAUUUUUACCAAGGUGUGUUCAAACUGUGAUAAAUAUGUCCAGAAAAGAAUGGCUGUAAUAAGGGCAGAACAUUGCAUCGAUGGUUAUAUAAUGGAUGGUCAAUUUUGUUAAAUUCUUACAUUUGCAGAAAUUCUUUUCAGCAAAGUAGACAGUGAACU